AAAAAAAAAACCAAAAAAAAAACCCCAUUUUUGACAACCUUUCUUUCUUCUUAUCUUGUCUCAAAGAAACCUUCCAUUUGCAAAUAUUCUGAAAAUGGCCAAGGGCGUCUCAUUAGAAGAGAAACGAAAGAGAAUCUUGAGUAUUUUUCACGAAUCUGGCGAAUUCUAUCAGCUCAAAGAUAUCGAAAAGUUGGGUACACGAAGAGGCGUUGUUGCUCAAUCUAUCAAAGACAUUUUGAUGAGUUUAGUUGACGAUAAUCUAGUAAUUACGGACAAGAUUGGUACCUCAAAUUACUUUUGGUCUUAUCCUUCCGCAGCUAUGCAAACAAAAGAAAAUAAAAUGAAUGACUUACAACUGAAAGUUGACAAAGAAUUAGAACGCCAGAAGAAGCUUGACGAAGCUAUUAUCCAAGAAAGACAACAACGGGAAGAAACUGAAGAAAGAGAAUUAAUAUUGAAGGAAUUGAAAGAACAGCAAAGCUUGGCUAAUGAAUUAAAGCAAGAACUGCAAAAGUAUCAAGACAAUGACCCUCAGUUAUACGAAGCCAAAGAAAACGCAGCAAAGGUAGCUAGAGAUGCUACUAAUCGUUGGACGGAAAACAUAUGGGAAAUCCAGUCUUAUUGUAUAAAGAACUUCAACAUGGACAGAAACGUUUUCAACCAAAAUUUUGGUAUUGAUGAUGACCUUGACACCAUCUAAAUUUGUUCAUUAUGAAGCACGUGAUACCAGAAUUUCUGCACAAUUUUUAAAUAUGCACACUUUCUCCUAACCUUUUCCUUUGGCUUCACCUU